UUAUCUUCAGUUCUUCACCUUGACCCCUUUUAAGGUUUAUAAACCUCUUUCAACCAAAGAACCCAUUCUGCUCAACCAGAAGUAGACAACAGCUUGAAAGUUCAAAGCGAACACCAAAGCCACAUUUUUUCCCCCAAAUACAUAUGAAUGGCCCCUCUUUUCAGGCCUAGUAGCUCUCUCAAACGCAUGGCCUCUCGUUUUCUCACAUCCGUUCACUCUUUUCAUUCUCAUGGCCACUGUCAUUUCGCGCCCUCCUCUACUUGUGCCGUCGCUCGACCCUCCUUCAUACUUCUCAACAGCAGUCUUGUCUGUUCCAGAGCAAGUGAUAGGUUGAGCUUGAGGAAUGUUUCAACCAAGUUUAUGCAAUGGAAUGCUGUGGUUCCCAGAGCAUUUAUGUCAUCAACUGUCAGCAGCGAGGCUGUUCGUGAAAGUAAAGUUUCGAAAGAAUAUGGAUCAGAUCAGAUUCUGGUAUUGGAAGGUUUAGACCCGGUAAGGAAACGACCUGGAAUGUACAUAGGAAGCACUGGAUCCCGUGGUCUUCAUCAUCUGGUUUAUGAAAUCUUGGAUAAUGCCAUUGAUGAGGCACAAGCCGGAUUUGCUUCAAAAAUUGAUGUUAUUCUACUUGCAGAUAAUUCAGUGAGCAUAACAGACAAUGGGCGUGGAAUCCCAACUGAUUUACAUCCAACAACUAAAAAGUCUGCUUUGGAGACUGUCUUAACGGUUUUGCAUGCAGGUGGGAAGUUUGGUGGUUCAAGUAGCGGUUACAGUGUAUCGGGUGGUCUACAUGGUGUGGGUUUAUCAGUAGUUAAUGCGCUGUCUGAGGACCUUGAAGUUACUGUGUGGCGCGAUGGUAAGGAGUACAAGCAGAAAUAUUCCUGCGGAAGGCCUGUGACAAACUUAGUCUCUAACGAGCUUCCAUUUGAUAUGAGAGACCGUCAAGGGACUCGCAUACAUUUUUGGCCCGACAAACAAGAAAUAUUCACGACUGCUGUUGAGUAUGACUACAACACAAUUUCUGGAAGAAUUAGGGAGCUUGCUUUCCUCAAUCCUCAGGUCACAAUUGUACUUGAAAAGGAGGACACAGACCCAGAGAAGAGGUUGCAUAAUGAGUAUAACUAUGCUGGAGGAUUAGUGGAGUAUGUGAAAUGGCUUAAUGCCGAUAAGAAACCUCUUCAUGAUGUCGUGGGUUUUAGGCAAGAAGCUGAUGGAAUCUCAAUUGAUGUAGCACUUCAGUGGUGUGCAGAUGCAUAUUCAGAUACGUUAUUAGGAUAUGCCACCAGCAUUAGAACUGUGGAUGGUGGCACUCACAUUGACGGGGUGAAAGCAUCGUUAACUAGAACGCUCAACAACCUAGGAAAGAAGUCCAAAGUCAUUAAGGAAAAGGAUAUUAGCUUAAGUGGUGAGCACGUGAGAGAGGGAUUGACUUUUGUGUCAUCUCUGUCAAAGUUCCAAACCCAGAAUUUGAAGGACAGACAAAGGUAUACUACACGAUUAGGAAAUCCUGAGGUGAGGAAAGUGGUCGAUCAAUCUAUCCAAGAAUAUCUUACUGAGUACCUCGAGUUGCAUCCGGAUGUUCUUGAUGCGAUUCUUUUAAAGUCCCUCAAUGCUCUCAAGAAAGUGGUCGAUCAAUCUAUCCAAGAAUAUCUUACUGAGUACCUCGAGUUUCAUCCGGAUGCAGCACUAGCUGCAAAGAGGGCAAGGGAAUUGGUGAGACAAAAGAGCGUUUUGAAAUCAUCUUCCCUUCCUGGAAAGCUUGCUGAUUGUUCAUCUACAAAUCCUGAAGAAUCUGAGAUAUUCAUAGUUGAGGGUGACUCAGCUGGUGGGAGUGCCAAACAAGGCCGCGAUCGCCGGUUUCAGGCCGUGCUUCCUUUAAGGGGUAAAAUUCUCAACAUUGAGAGAAAGGAUGAAGCUGCUAUGUACAAAAAUGAAGAGAUUCAAAAUCUUAUUCUUGGUCUUGGACUUGGAGUGAAGGGUGAAGAUUUUAAUAAAGAUUCUCUACGUUAUCACAAAAUCAUAAUAUUAACCGAUGCUGAUGUUGACGGGGCUCACAUACGAACAUUGUUGUUGACCUUUUUCUUUCGCUAUCAGAGAGCUUUGUUCGACGAAGGGUGUAUCUAUGUUGGGGUCCCACCUCUAUAUAAGGUUGAGACGCGCAAGCGAGCAUAUUACUGUUACGAUGACCAUGAUCUCAAUCGCCAUAUACGUGAACUUUCUCCGAAUUCAUACACAAUUCAGAGGUUUAAAGGCUUGGGGGAGAUGAUGCCUGCACAGCUUUGGGAAACAACCUUGAAUCCCGAGACGAGAUUGCUGAAGCAAUUAAAAGUCGAGGAUGUUGCUGAGGCUAAUGUUGUCUUUUCGUCUCUCAUGGGAUCUCGAGUAAGUAAAAAAAAAAAUGUUGUU